GUUUCAAAUCCACACCUUAGUGCUGCUGGUUUACUGAGACAGACUGCAGGGCUCCACUUUGUUGUUGUGGUUUCAGAGGAAAACGUCAUGAGGUGAAGCAGAGGUCAGACAUCAUGUCCAAUCUGUCCUGCCUGUCUUCUCUCAAAGAAGAGGACAGUACUGUUUAUGUGCAGCCACAUUAUAAAGAGACUUACCGGCUGGCAAUUUACGCACUGAUCUGCGGGGGUAAAGAGGCCUACGAGGAGUUCCUCAGGGCAGAGCAGAUCAGCCACUUUCUGUCAGACGAGGAGAUCUUAUUCAUACUGCAAAAUGGAGAACUUUGUGCCGUUGAGGACAAGGAGGAGGACUCUGAAGAAAAACGGCUCACAGACGGGUGUGAGGCCGGGACCUCGACGUACUUCCCAACAGAGUCAGAUGAAGAGGUGCCCGACCUGGACCUGGGCUGGCCGGAGGUGUCACUGGAGGGUGUGGACACCAGCAUCAGCCUGCUGUUCCACCCACCCCGCGACAACACGCCGAGCAUUAAAGAAGUGGUGCGCAAACAGAUCCAGGAGGCGAGGCAGGUUAUUGCCAUAGCGAUGGAUGUCUUCACUGACGUGGAUAUAUUCAAAGAGAUAAUCACAGCCACAUUGAGGGGAGUGGCAGUCUACAUCCUUCUGGAUGAUUCACAAUUCAAGAGCUUCCUCACCAUGUCCCUCAGAGUGGGCGUCAACCUCCAGGACUUCAAGAACAUUCGUGUUCGAACGGUUCAGGGGCAGCAGUAUCAGUGUCAGUCUGGAGUGAAGUUCCAUGGAGGUUUGGAGCAAAAGUUUUUGCUAGUGGACUGUAGAACAGUGGUGUAUGGAACGUUCAGCUACACAUGGACGUUUGAGAAGAUCAACCUUAGCAUGGUCAUGGUUGUCACAGGUCAGCUGGUUUGUACUUACGACGAGGAGUUUCGAAGGCUUUACGCUCGCUCCGCAGUUCCUGUAACGGAGUCCAGCAACAAGUUAUCCAUCCAGUACCUGAGAGAUAUUGUGGCAAUGAAAACUUCAAACUGCAGUCAACUGUCCCUCAACCAGAUUCACAUGAGAUCCAGAGUGAUGCACGGUAUGAGAGGUGCUCAGGAUGACAGGUUUAACAAUGCCGUCAUGCUGACCAGGGGACUGAGCAUGCAGGACAGACUGCAUCAAUCUCAUUGUGCUGAAAUGGGGAAUCUGGUACGAGGACACAGUUAUGGAGGAGAACUUCAGAAUCUACACUCCAUGACUCGGCUGAGGAUGGGGACCAAAGACUUUGGAGUCCCUCUUCCUACAGAGAGGACUGGAUCUAAUCUGAGGGUGGGUGGUGACCCGCUGCUAACUAACAGGCUAUCUCAGCAGCAUCUUAGGCACCGGACUCAUUAUGGAGCAGACCAGAAUCUGCUACCAUUCAACUCUGAAACAUCCCUCAACAGGUGGAAGAUGGACACAUACCUCAACAACAGUGAUAUGCCUCUAGAUGCAUCAUGUGAUGCGAUAUCCCCAAUGACAUCUCCAUAUAGCAGUCACACAGGCUUGAACGAUUAUCAGUCACAAAUGAUUCACAGCAGGUCCAGGGACAUCAAGUCCAGGAUGGAGGAAAUGAGAAAUAAAAGACUUAGCUUGCAGGAAUACACCAAUCUCAGGCAGAGUCAAGAGUCAUUGAGGUCUAUGUAUCCGACUCUGGACAGGCCUAAACUGAUGACUCCGUUAAGAGGUCUGGACAUGAGGCAGAGUAUGUCAGAAUUAGAGCCAAAUCCACAAAACGGUUGGAGCCUUGAACCACCCAACCACAAAGACAGUGAGCCAAAGGCAGAAGGCGACAAAAGGGAGCAAAUUCUCACUGAUGGCCACCGCUCUGCCUCUCACAAUGAUGUCAAAAUGGUUACAGAUCGAAGGACAAUGCAGACAUAUGAUUGGCGUGAGCCUCUUUCAAGGACAACCUCGGCUGCGAAUAUAGAGGUGAAACAAAAUGAUCCAUCUCUUAAGCUUUCUCAUUUGCAGCCUAGUGGUCUCGGCCUCCAGCACCCAAGAGCUAUGGAGUCUUUGACUGAAAUCCCUGAAGAGAAAGAGGGUUCGAAUUCCCGUGUCAACAGUUCAGACUCUGCAUUCAAAGAAGGAAAUGAGGAGAUUCCCAUUGAGGACAAAGCUGUUCCAAAGGAGAACUCAGUGAAAUCAAGCUUACCUUCAGAUCCACAGCAUCAAGAUCUGCCUGGAGGAAGUCUUGGUUCUAUAGGUAAGGUGCGAAAAAGCUCAGAAUCAGUUACUCCUAAAGAAGCAAACAAAUCAAUAUCCAGUGAGGCAAAAACUGUCAGAAAGAACUCAAGCACUUCUUCAGGAUCUCAGCUUACAAUAGACGGUAAGAGUAGUCCCACUACUCAAACAAAACACGAGGAACACAGCCUUCAUAGGAAGAAUUCCUUGAGAAAGAAAGUACAAUCACUGCUUACACCAGACGAUAAGAAAGUCUCCAAAAAAGAGGAGAAAUCACUCCAAAGAAAGGCGUCAUUGAGAUCACAGAAUCCCUCAGGGUCGAACCAGUCAGUUAGAUCUGACCAUUUGCAGGCAUCUUCAGAAGAGAAAUCUACAAAGAAGGGUCAAUCGCCGAGCCCCUUAAGGUCUCAGAGCUCCGACAGUGGUGAAGUGGAGAAGCCUAAAUCUCCAUUUCCGAGGUUAUCUCCUCACCGUUCAAGCAAGAGAAAGACAAGCCAUGCAGCAGACCAGGACCGUGGCGGGAGUAGCACUCUGGACAAGGAGGGAACGACUGUCUAUCGGAGAGAGAAAGUCUACAGUCGAUUUGAAUAUUUGCUCAGCACUGAAAGUAUUCCUCGGGAUAAAUCCAUGCACUCCUCAGAGAAAGACAAAGGCUCCUCCAUGAACAGACCUGACUCUAACUUCUCAGGGUAUCAGACACAAAGUGGCUCUGAAAACAAACUGGGAAAAUUCAUGCAGCGAGUCGGAAAUCUGAUAAACAAGAACAAGUAGAGUUGCAAGAAGAAACAAUCGUCACUGAGAUCAAGAAUUAAGUCAAUUUUAAUAUGUAGUACUUCUUUUGAUUGGUUUAAUAUUGGGGCUUUUUUUAUUUGGGAUGACAUUCAUCAGUAAUGCCAAAACACAAUGUUUUGAUGUAAAAAUACCAGUAAGUCACGUUGAAUGAAGUUAAACAGGCAGUAUGUAAAUUCAGCUGCCAGCUUGUUGUCAAUCAAAACAAUAACAAAAGAUGUUGUCAAGGCUACUCCGCUAGGAAGAGAAUAUGUUUACCGAUGAUGUAUCCAAGUAUAAUUUAUAUUUUAAAAAUGUAUCACAGCAGCAGAUACAGCAACAGUACAGCAGCUUUUAGUAACAGUUGAAGUAACAUCCAGUGUUUCCACGGCAAUGAUAAACUGUCAUGUCUGUCAUGACACGUCCCGUUACAACUGUAAAAUUACGGAUUUAUCUGGAUUUGAUAGAUUUUGGAAAUAUUUGAGCUAAUGUAAAUAUACAACAAAAAAUAUAUAACAUAGGUUUAGUCCUUUUUUAACUAAUUCAGAUAUUUUAGUGUAGAAUUCUAAUCAAAUCUUACAUAUUGUACAUUUAAAUCAGAGUCUACGUUGCAAAGAGCACUUGCAGAUAUGAAUGAAAACAUAGUUCAUUUUAUUAUAAUUAUGGUUGGCAAAAAUACAUGUUUGCAUAACUUACAUGUGUUUGUUCUUUUUGGAAUUAGGUUAAAGUUGUAUUUAGUCCACUCAUCAAAAUCCAAUAGAAAGACUAAAACCAACAGUACAUGAAACCUACCAGCAUAUCUGUUUGUAAUCUGUUUUCAUUAAUCAUCCAUAAUGUUCCUCUAUUCCAUAUAGCUCCAUUGUCACCACAUGCUAAGUGGAUUUAUACCCCACUGAAAAUAGUCCCCAACAAAUGCACUGUUUCUUUAAGUUGCCAAACACGUUGGCUUUGACCUGCAUUUGGAAAAUACCUGGCCCUUUAGAAAAUUUAAACCGACCUGCUUUUAAAAAUGUGUACCUUAACUAGGAACUAAUGGGCUCAUGCAUUGACAGAUGGAUUGUUGAUUUUUGUCUUAAAUGAAAGAUUUUCAAGAAAUUCAAGAAACCCAAGGACGCUUGUAAGUAAAAAAAAAGAUAAAAUAACUCAUUCUCUAAUGAUUUUUUUCUUUUGUUAUCUGUACAGAGCUUUAAUUAUUUUUUUAUCGUUAAUUUUAAUGUACUGUUAGGUAUGUUUCCUAUAUCGUCUUGACUCGUUGAAGACAGUCAUGUUUGAGGCAAAAUUUGCUGAACUAAUGGGAAACAUUUAUUAUUACUAAGUUUACAGCAUAGAUAGUCAAACCAUCGAAGUCUUAGUCCAUUCUCAAAAUAAUCACAGUAAAGACUGUUAAUUAUCAAAAGUUACCAAUAAAUAUAAACUGCAACUGAGUCUAUAUUUGCAACCAUAUAUUGUUGGAAAAGUGAACCUAAAAAAACUACAAUGUUCACUUUUUGAAUGUAUACUGUUAAAAUAAGCAUUCAAUAUCAAAACAACUCUUAUUAAAUGAACCAACUUCUUUUCAUAGAGCACACAUGCCGUGAUAUUAAAUUUAUGAUUUCACCUUUACCUUUUUUUGUGAAGAGAAGAAAGGUACAGAUGAGAAGUCAGAGAAGAUAGGAAAGAUGUAUUUUGGACUGCAAGAUAAUAUGUCAGAAGUGACACUAGCAGCCCCAAGAGGUUGUAAGAUUCACUACACGUCAGAAAAAGAAGUUAAAGGGUCGGAAACUAUUCCUUUACUUAAGAGAGUCACAUGAUUGAUUAUUAUUUGGAUUUUGUUUUCUUCUGGGCCAACCUUGCUCAGUGCCUAAGUCAACCUCUUUUUAUUACAUUAAUAAAUAAUUGAUAACUAAUAACAACAGCUACUGUUUGUUCUUGAAAGAAAUGAAAGAAAUAUACAGAAACACAAGAAAAUUGCAUCUCACUGCUUUGCACAUUCAGGGUGUACUAAUUUCUUUAUUUGAAAUAAUUGAAAAUAUCUACAAUUUGUAUAAUAAUAAUAAGAUCAACAUGAUGUAUAAAAUAAAACGUUUUUUAUGAA